AUGGAUGACAUUGUUCGAGUGUUGAGGGAGACCGCUCUGAGCAGUAUUCCAAAAGUUUUCCGGGAUAGAUCUAAUCCGUUCGACAGCCUCGGGACGACGAACAGAACUUGCCUCGCCGGAUCUAAAGGUUUCGGCGAACGUUCGCCGGCGAAAGUUUAUUGCAUACGGCCUCUGAUUUGGUAUGCGGUCUUUUUGGCGGGAAGAAAAACGUGA